UCUGUGGGGAAAAGUAGCUCUAGAGCUGGAAAAUCAAGUUUUACCAUAAACGGUGAGUCUAGAGUAACCCUUCUACUGCUGUGAGCAAAGUGAGGCCAGGUCUACACUACAGUUCUAUAUUGGUGGAAAUGUUCAUUUAAUGAAUGCUUAUUAAACAGCAAUAAUAUUUUUCUCACAGAUGCCUCUGUCAGAGAAGAAAGGCCUCCUCUGUUGUAAAUUGCAGGAUUAAGGCCAAAAUCACCAUAACGGUCAUUGUUUAGGAUGUAGCAGCAUCUGAAGAAAUAUGAAGUGGCUUUGUGUCAUAUUGACAAAAAAAAUUGGAUGUCAUCUCUGGGAACUUUCAACAAUGAUUCCCAAAAAAGUAAAAACAUUUCCUUAUCCCUAUAUCAUUGAGCAUAGAAUGUUGUCAGGUUACAAGUCUAAAAAUAACAUCAAAGACUCUUACAGACUUCUUAAACUUCAGGAGGGGUGUUCCCUAGAUGAUGUAAAAAAUUCAUUUACAAAUCUUGCCAAACAGUAUCAUCCAGACAGUGGUUCCAUCACAGCUGAUUCCACAACAUUUGUGCAGAUAGAAGAAGCAUACCGAACUGUGCUUUCUGAUGUGGCCAAGAAAAUGAAAUCAAGUGAAAGUGAAAAUGAAGAAGAAACCAAAUUCAAAUCCAAAGCGCCACAGCACAGGCAGUAUUUAAGUUUUGAAGGUGUCGGUUUUGGGACUCCAAGUCAAAGAGAGAGACAGUACAAGCAGUUUAGAGUAGACCGUGCAGCUGAGCAGGUGAUGGAAUAUCGAAAGCAGAAACUCGAGAGCCAGUAUGCUAUGAACGCUAUGAUAGCCAAAGAUAUAAGGCAGAGUAAGAAGGUAAAAAUAACCCAAGCAAUUGACCGUUUGGUUGAGGACCUCAUCCAGGAAUCAAUGGCUAAAGGAGACUUUGAUAACCUCAGUGGUAAAGGAAAACCAUUGCAGAAAUUUUCAUACUGUCCACAUAUUGAUCCUAUGACUCACAACCUGAACAGAAUUUUAAUAGAUAAUGGGUACCAACCAGAAUGGAUUCUGAUGCAGAAAGAAAUACGAGAAACUAUUGAGGAACUAAGAAAGAACAUAGUAGCAUCUAGGAAUAAACUUGGAGAGCCAAUGACACCAUGCAGACAGAAACAAUGGAGUCAGAUUUGUGAACAAUUAAUAGAAGAUAUCAAGAAACUAAACAAAAGAAUUAAUGACUUUAAUUUAAUUGUUCCCAUUCUGAACAGACAAAUGGUUCAUUUUAAUGCAGACAAAGAAAUUGCACGAGCACAGGCGGCUUAUGAGAUCCUGAUGGAAAAAACAAAGAGCAUUGAUGUGGAUACAAAGGAAAACGAACAGGAAAAAGUUAAAAUAUUUAGGCUUAAAUCCAGCUUUUUGAAGUGGAUAAAUCUUAUGCUGAAAUAAAAUAAAACGGAUAUACCAGUUAAAUAUUCAUGUUAAUACAUUUUGUAGUUUGAAAGAGAAUUUUUCAGGUUUACUGAAAAUAUAAAACCUACCUGUUUUAAUGUUAUAAUGUUUAGAAGGAAUCUAGCUGCUUGACCUGGCUCUCCAAGUGGUCAAUAUGAAAGCUGCUUAAGAAUAAAUAAUUUUUCUCAGCCAGUUUUGCUUUUGUCAGGCUUAUUCUUCUGCAUAUAUCGAGUCAAUGUUUUAUUUGGGUAAAUCAGAAAUAAUUAAACCUUGUAAAAGUUCCAUUAU